AUGACGCGUUCAGACACCACUGCUGGAGAGCUACUUUUCUCUUCAUACCAAGAAAGCCUUCAAAUUGUUGAUGCAGCCUUGGCCCCUUCUGGACUACGACAAAGCCCUCCCACAUCUUCAGAAAAUGAGUUUAGAACCCUCCGGAAAACUGAUGCUGAGACUCUGGAAUUUUCUCGAUCUGCAGAGAUUUUUCAAACCACUCUUCAAGUCCUAAAGGACAAAGCACGAAAAAGACAUAAAAGGGAUGUCAUGGCUCAAGCAUUGCUCUCGUGGGAUGACCUGGAGCUGAUUGCAGAGCUGUCGAAAUGUCCACCUGCAACACAUCCAACCAUCUGUCAGCACAGUCAUCUCAACAAAUACCGCUCCAUAACUGGCCUCUGCAACAACAGGCAAAAUCCUCUGUGGGGAGCAGCCAACAUUCCUUUGGUUAGAUGGCUUCCUGCUCAAUAUGAGGAUGGAGAGAGAGAACCCAAGGGGUGGAAUAGGGAACGACUUCAUAAUGGAUUCCAACUUCCCACGACAGCUGUGCCUGGUAAACAGGGCUGCAUGCCUUUCAUUCGCUCGGUUCCUGCCUGCUUUGUCAAUUAUGGGACUGACAUCAGACAAGCUCUGCAACGACAACAGAUGAAUGCAAUCACAUCAUUCAUAGAUGCUUCAGUUGUGUAUGGUCACUCUCCAAAAUUGGCGAGCUAUCUCCGGGAUCUCUCAGGAUUUAAUGGAAAACUUGCUGUCAGCAAACAAUUCAUGGAUUCACACGGACGACCUUACCUUCCACAUGUAUCUACUCUGCCGUCGGCCUGCCGCCAGGGUCCGGAUGGAGAGAGAGUGGAGUGUUUCAGUGCUGGAGACAGCCGGGUCAACGAGGGUCUGCCCCUGACCACUUUACAUACUCUCUGGCUAAGAGAACACAAUCGAAUUGCAGAGGUGUUGAAACACAUCAACGAUCAUUGGAGCCCAGAGACUAUAUACCAAGAAACCCGUAAGAUAAUUGGAGCUCUGCACCAGAUCAUAACCAUGAGAGAUUAUAUCCCAAAAAUUAUCGGCUUGUGGUCUUAUGAACACUACAUUGGACCCUAUGGGGGAUAUGAUCCAAACACUGACCCGUCAGCCUCCAAUGUGUUUGGCACAGCUGCAUUCAGGUUUGGCCAUGCUACCGUCCCUCCAGUCAUCAGGAGACUUAACAAGAACUUCCAGGAACAUGAGCACUUCUCCAGCUUGCAACUGCACAACACUUUCUUCAGUCCAUGGAGAAUAAUCAAAGAAGGUGGAAUUGAUCUGAUCCUGAGGGGUACUAUUGGAACUGCAGCACGAGCUGCAAAUGCAGACAUGCUGCUGACAGAAGAGCUAACAGAGCGGCUGGUAGUCCUAAACAUUUCACAACAUAUGGACCUUGCAGCAUUAAACCUGCAAAGAGGACGAGAUCAUGCUCUUCCAGGAUACAAUGAUUGGCGAGCUUUCUGUGGUCUCACAUCCAUACACACACUUGAUGAUUUCAAGGAAGUUGUGAGAGAUUUCAAAAUGGCUGAGAAGAUAUGGAAAAUAUACAAACAUCCUGAUAAUAUUGAUGUGUGGCUUGGAGGACUGGUGGAAAGUGUUUUGCCAGGGUCAAGAACUGGUCCCCUCUUUGCCUGCCUGAUUGGGAAGCAGAUGAGAGCACUACGUGAUGGUGAUAGGUUUUGGUGGGAGGCUGAAGGAAUAUUCAGCCAACAACAGAAGGCGGAGCUUUUGAAAGGCUCGCUGUCUCGGAUCAUUUGUGACAAUAGCAACAUAAAGGAAGUCCUUGCUGAUUCUUUCAUGUUCAGGAAAUACCCUUCUGAUUACAUUUCUUGUGAGCGUAUACCAUCAAUGAACCUUGAAGCUUGGAGGGAAGAGAAGAGCCAAGAAUUAAGACAGUGUGGCACACCAUGGAAAAUAAAGAAUGGGGAUUUUAUUUUAUCCUCUAUGACGGGCAAACUGGUUGCUCUCUACUCCUGCUACCAUGGUUUUAAGUUAAAAGGAGCCGCUGCUAUUGUUUGUGAAGGAAAUCGCUGGAGCGGUCAUCCCCCGAAAUGUACAGGUAUAUGA